CAAAAUAUUGAUUAGUAUCUAAACGUCCUUAGUCGGUAUAUCACUAUUAUUUGAAGAUGUUGUAUUUUUUGCUGUUAUUGUUGUGUUCGGUGACAUUUAGCAACCAAACUGAAGAUGAUUGGAAACUAGUACAUACAACACAGGGACCUGUACGUGGUCGCAAGGAUCCUGACGGCAUAUAUGUAUUUUAUGGCAUACCAUAUGCCACUGCUCCGACUGCUGAAGACAAAUUCAAGGCUCCUCUUCCACCACCAAAAUGGGAAGAACCAUUAGAUGCAAUAGACAAAGGUGUGGUAUGUCCACAAGCAUUAUUCGGAGCACAGGCAUCAAAAUUAUCUAUACAAGAGGAUUGUCUUAUUGCCAACAUCUAUGUACCAGAUACUGAAGAGAAAAACCUUUCCGUCAUGGUACAUAUUCACGGAGGUGCUCUAAGAUAUGGCUUUGGUAACUCAUAUACAGCUAAAAAUCUUAUGAAAAGUAAAAAGCUUAUUGUUGUAAACUUUAAUUACCGACUUGGUAUUCAUGGAUUCCUUUGUUUGGGAACUGAGAGUGUUCCGGGCAACGCAGGCUUUAAAGACAUGAUUGCAGCACUACGCUGGGUUAAAAAGAAUAUCGCUAGUUUUGGUGGAAACCCCAAUGACGUCACUAUCUCAGGUUACAGCGCAGGAGCUACUGCUGCAGAUCUAUUAAUCUUAUCCAAAUCUAGCCAAGGACUGUUUCAGAAGGUCAUCAUAGAAAGUGGGUCAAACUUAGCUGCAUUUGCCGUCCAAUUAAAUCCGCUGCAAAAUGCUAAGACCCACGCAAAAUCUUUGAAUUUCACUGGAGAUCCAAAUGAUAUGAAUUUGGUAGAAAAGUUCUAUACAUAUGCUUCUUACGAAACAUUAACAAAGCAAGCAUUCAAACCUAGAAAAGACUCGACGUACCUAUUCACGGCGUGUGUUGAACGUGAUAUUGGAACUAACGAAGUAUUUUUACAUGAUUCCCCGAUAAAUAUUUUACAAAAAGGCGAUUUCAUAAAGGUACCAAUGCUAUAUGGAUUUGCCAAUAUGGAAGGAUUGUUACGGAUACCAAACUUCGAUAUUUGGAGCAACGACAUGGAUAAAAUGUUCUUUGACUAUCUCCCUGGUGAUUUGGCUUUUAAUAGCGAUACAGAAAAGUAUGAAGUUGCAAAGAAGAUUAAAGAAUUUUACUUCCAUGAAGAGCCUGUAAGCCGUAAUAAUAUAAUUGGAUACGUUAAUUAUUUCACUGAUGUGAUGGCUGCCUAUCCGUCGUUAAAAUCAGUACAACUUAAUUUACAAAGUGGUAACAAGAGAAUAUAUUUAUACGAAUACUCCUUUGUGGAUGAUGAUACGCCAUUUGUUCCUUAUACAAAAAUAAAAGGCGCGUCUCAUUGUGCGCAAACGCUGGCUGUGUUGGAUGGAGUUUCGGAAACGAAUUCAGAUGAACGCAACGCUUCACUUGAACUUCAAAAUAUGAAGACAAUCAUGAGAGAGAUGUGGCAUAACUUUAUUACUAAUGGAGAGCCUGUACCUCAAAACUCGUCUCUACCUGGAUGGCCAGCAGUAAGUGCCAGUAAAUCCUCGUACAUGUCUCUGGGACAGGCGGUGGAGCUUCGAGAGGGUCUACUGUCAGACCGAGUUGGGUUCUGGAGUGAUGUCUACGAUAAACACUACCGACAACCUGUACCGCCACCAGUGUCACAAUUCUGAUUGAAAAUACGUGGGUUAUGUAAUGUGUUUAUGUACAAAAAUAAACAUAUCAAUCAAUUU